UCCCGCCCAUGGAAGGUUGAGAUUCAAAACAGUGCGGCGAACUACAGAGCAGUAGGAGCGACGUGUAAACUGGGGCCAAAGUUCGCGGGUGUCAAAAGACCGCCCCCGGAUGAAGGCUUAUGUGAAAACUACGAGGCGACCAGCUCUGCCGCGGCCGCUGCCGGGCCGGUUCGAAAGGGCGGGGCGUGAAUCCCCGAGCGUUCGAAUGGGCGGGCUCGUCCCCGGGUUGGCUGCUACGGGCGGUGGCUGGGUCGUGCUGUAGCGAACCCCGUGCUCGGUCCCGGUCCCUGGUUGUCAUGGAGCUCAUCGCUGGCAACAUUCAGGUGCUGCUGAAGGCGGCUGAAUUCUUGGACCGUAGGGAGAGAGAAACAGAACAUGGCUAUGCCUCUCCUGCUCCUUAUUGUGGAGAAUGCCCAAAACAGUCCCAAAAGAGGGUGAAGCCUCGAAAGGCCUUGAAAAAUGUCAGGUCUAUGCACAAUGAACUGGAGAAGCACAGGAGGGCCCAGUUGAGGCAGUGUUUGGAGCAGCUGAAACAGCAAGUCCCCCUGAACUCAGAGCAUUCUCGGUCUACAACCCUCAGUCUCUUGCACCAAGCCAGAUUGCACAUUAAGAAGUUGGAAGAGCAGGAGCGGAAGGCUCAGCAACUGAAGGAGAGGCUACAGUGUGAGCAGAAGAUCUUGCAUCAGAGGUUGCAGGUGCUGAUUGGCCAUUCUGGUACAGAAAGGCUGCGCGUUGACAGCCUGGACUCCUCUCAGCUCUCCUCUGAACGCUCUGACUCGGACCAAGAAGAUGCAGAAGUGGAUGUUGAGGCCCUGGAAUUUGGUAUCAUUGAAGAUGCUGUGGUAGCCUCUUUCAACACUGGGCAAGAGCACAGCUACUCUAGUACCAGCAACUUCUGGUUAUGAUGAACAAAACUCCACUUCAGUGGGUAGCUCUGCAGCAAGACAGAUGAUUCCAACCUCUCAGUGCUUCAGACUGCUAUGAAUAGAACCUGUCUACAGAGAGGAUUGUCAGCAAAAGAGGAAGAGGGCUGUUUCUGUCCUUGGACAAAAGACACUAAUGCUGUAUCUCAACAUUGCCCUUGCCAGAGUCAGCCACUGUUGCUCCUAGAGGCUAUGUUAUGAAGGCAACAGCCCUUUCCUCCUACUAAAAGAGAGAGAGAGAAUGAAAUGAGGACAUGGUUAUAAAGCCCUAUAUGUAGUAAUUUUGGCACAAUAUAUGUAAUCCAAAUAACGGAGUCAGCUGCAGGUGGAUGAUGGGGUGAGAAGAUGCCUGCAACUGGUGAAACCUGGCUCGAGAUGGCCACUACAGAUGAAGGUACUCUGAUUCUCUACAGUACAGCUGCCUCCCCUUUGUACCCCCUGCUCACAUGUACUCAGUAGCAUUUUAGUAAAUAUUUCUUUAAUAAUAUGCACCCGAGCCACUGGAAGAAAACCUAACAGUUCAAAAGCACCCAAGUAAGCUCUUGGAGCAGGCAGCCUGCUUUUCUAACAAGCAGGCACCACCCUGCUGAACUGGUCUGUGCUACAGAUAUACACGUUGGACGCCCCAAGGAGGUCAAUGUAAACAGGAAGACUUAUCCAGUUAAUCACAGUUUUGAAGAUCAGUUCCUACCAGCAGAAUAGUUCUUGGCAGUGGACUGAAUUGUAAGUCUAUUCUUUUAAUGAUAAUUACACCUUGAGAAAGAAGAUGAUUGUCAGAUUUGUACAGUAUCAAUUAAAAAACAUAAAAUCUA